AUGAGGAAGGACGAGCGCGAGCGGGACGCGCCAGCCAUGAGGUCCCCGCCGCCGCCGCCGGUCGCCUCGCCCCCCGAGAGCCUGCGCAACGGCUACGUGAAGAGCUGCGUGAGCCCGCUGCGGCAGGACCCUCCGCGCAGCUUCUUCUUCCACCUCUGCCGCUUCUGCAACGUGGAGCCGCCGGCGGCCUCGCUCCGCGCCGGGGCACGCCUCUCGCUCGGCGUCCUGGCCGCCUUUGUCCUGGCCGCGCUGCUGGGCGCGGGGCCCGAGCGCUGGGCGGCCGCGGCGGCCGGACUACGGACGCUGCUGAGCGCUUGCUCGCUCAGCCUCAGCCCGCUCUUCAGCAUCGCCUGUGCCUUCUUCUUCCUCACCUGCUUCCUGACGCGCGCGCAGCGCGGCCCGGGCCGCGGCGCCGGCUCCUGGUGGCUGCUGGCGCUGCCCGCCUGCUGCUACCUGGGUGACUUCGCGGCGUGGCAGUGGUGGUCCUGGCUGCGCGGGGAGCCGGCGGCGGUGGGCCGACUCUGCCUGGUGCUGAGCUGCGUGGGGCUGCUGACACUCGCGCCCCGCGUGAGACUGCGGCACGGCGUCCUAGUGCUGCUCUUCGCCGGCCUGGUGUGGUGGGUGUCCUUCUCUGGCCUCGGGGCUCUGCCGCCCGCGCUCAGGCCUCUGCUGUCGUGCCUGGUUGGGGGCGCGGGAUGCCUGUUAGCCCUGGGCUUGGACCACUUCUUUCACGUCCGGGGAGCCUCUCCUUCCCUGCGCUCGGCGAGUACCGCGGAUGAAAAAGUGCCUGUGAUCAGACCCCGGAGGAGGUCCAGCUGCGUGUCGCUGGGAGAAAGCGCGGCCGGUUACUAUGGCAGUGGCAAGAUGUUCAGGAGACCGUCGUUGCCUUGUAUUUCCCGAGAACAGAUGAUUCUCUGGGACUGGGACUUGAAGCAGUGGUGUAAACCUCAUUACCAGAAUUCUGGAGGAGGAAAUGGAGUUGAUCUUUCAGUGCUAAAUGAAGCUCGCAACAUGGUGUCAGACCUUCUGAUUGACCCAAGCCUUCCCCCACAAGUCAUUUCUUCUUUGCGGAGUAUCAGUAGCUUGAUGGGUGCUUUCUCAGGUUCCUGUAGGCCAAAGAUGAAUUCUUUUACACCAUUUCCUGGAUUUUACCCCUGCUCUGAAGUAGAAGAUCCAGUAGAGAAAGGAGAUCGAAAACUUCACAAGGGAUUGAGUAGCAGAACCAGUUUCCCAACUCCACAGCUGAGGAGGAACUCAGGAGCAUCAGCAUGGCUGACUAGUGAGCACUACUCAAGAUUGGAUCGCAGCAGUGGCAGGAGGCCUUACCAAGAACUCAGUGUUUCAAG